CAGCAGCAACAGCAGCAGCAGCAGCAGCAGCGGCUGAACGACCUGAGACGGAGAAACAGACAGACGUUGGACGCUUGGCUUGUCGGGAGGAGCGACAGGCACGCAGGGAGGGCGGAAGCCUCACCGGAUGAGUUCCAGCAGCUACUAGCUGGCACUGCCUUGUCUGGUCUGCCGGAGAGAGAAUUGAAAACAUCCAGAGAAUCUUGACUUUGAGUGAGUCAUGACAACUGCCAUAGUUAAAUGGUGAAGCCAGAUAUAGUCCAAUUGCCAAAUUGAAGGUGUGAUUAUAAUAACAUAUGUGUCUGUUUGUCGGUUCUUAUACACAGCCACAAACAUUGCUACAGCCAUACAAAUCGGUUGUUGCAAACUGCAAAAUUUUUGCAAUUUCUGAAAGUUAUUGCAAGCACCAGCAUAGCAACCUAACAGCAUGAGGACCAAAAAUCCAUGAAGUACCAUCUGCUGCUAGUGGUCAGCCUCCCAAAUUAUCUGCAACAAGUGAAGAUAAAGAAAAGUGCAAAAAGCAAACAGAGCUAAACAGUCUCUGAACAGAGUAAAUGGCACCAGAACAUGUAAGAAAGUGAUAAUAUUUGAGCAGGAAAUAGAGUGAUAUUGUCAUUCCCAAAGGAGGAAUUAUGUGAAAUGAUCACGUCUUUUGCUGUAUUAGAAUUGGAGUCACUUGGAUUUAAUACAUUUGCCAAUUAAGGAGUGACAAAUAAUUUUACAAUAAUGAUUAAAGAAGAACAAGCUAAGGGGUAAUGGGAACGCUCUCGACAUUGACCUUCGGUGUUCACGCUUGUAUUAAGCUUGACAAUGGAGCUUGCUAUUUUUCCUUCUCUGUUCCUUGUUAACAUGGUACAAAUACAAAUAAAUAUUUGAUCAUCAAUAGUACUCAAAGCUUUUGGAACACUUUAAAAAUAUACUCCACUGCCACAAAUGUAUUGGUUAGAAUUAUGCGUUUGAGCUCUAAAGAAGCCCAGUAAGGAAGGAGCCUGUUGAAGUACCAAGGAAGCAAUGUGGGCAACAGCACAACAAAAGAAAAAUUGGAGUUUUUUUUAAUUAGACGACACUUAUUCCCAAUUAGCCAUUUUGCCUUUUCUUCCCAACACACUUGUUCCGUAACUAAAAUACUCAACCUGCUUUUAAUUCUGAUUCAUAUUUUAGCAUUGAGGAUAUAGACUUUCCAGCAAAAGGGGAAAGUCAACAGCCCGGUUAUUUUGGAGAAGGCUUCAUAAGUCACCCAGGCGAACUUUCUUGCUUUAAAACCUUCAGAAAGGUUUUUUAAAGUUUUAAAAGAAAACCACCUGCUAAAUGAAAAGACACUUUUGCUUUUACGCCUGUGUGCGGCAACAAUUUGUGAAGAAGCAGGCAAGGCAGCGUAAUAAAUUGGGUCAUCUGUGGAAGCGGCAAGAAUGCCACCGGCUGCCGAAGAAAUGGGACUUCCGUCGGAUUGCAAACGGUCUGGGUGGAACAGUCAGCAGCUGAGUUUAGAAAGGGCUUUUUUCCCAUCUGGCCUGGCACGUUGUUAACUGCGCUGAAUUCUGGCUUGUGGUCUUGCACAGUCUGUGUGCCUUUAUUCUCCCCUUUAUGCAAUCUUUCUCAGCUUUAGCAGCAGAUAUUUUGGUCUGGUGGGAAUAACAUGCCAGAGGGUAGAUUUGGAGAAAGAUAAAUGAAUAUGCUCCAAGUUUGCAAGUCCGACAGGAGGAAACCUUUUUAAAGCCUUAAGUUACUUGAAAACCUUCCCUUCUGCAAACUUUUGUCUCUGGAAUUGCGUAAUGCUAUACUGGAAAUCUCAGGCCGCAUGGUGGUUCUAUCCAAUUGAACAAAAAGACGGUUCACCAUUUCUCGGAGCGCCUCUUCUGCAGUAGCUGUUUCUCCAAAGGACAAGUGGCCCCCUCACUCCACUGACUCCAAAUCAAGAUGAAUCUGACCUAUUUUCAUUUUUUUAAGUGUUACAUUUUCUUAGCCAACCGUCAUCAUCUUUUAUAAGGAAAUUUUUCACUAUGCAUUUGGUGGAUAUUUAUAAAAACUGAUCUUCUCUUCUGCUUCUUCUCCCCGUCGAUUCUGAUCUGUCUUAAGACUUUUGGUCCUAUCGAUAGAAAGUACAACCACAAAGAGAUUUAUUUAUAUUUGCUGCACUAGACAUAGUACUUUUUCUUAUGUCAAAAGGGAAAAAUACAACAAAGCAUGUACGCAGCAGUGGAACAUGGGCCUGUUCUCUUCAGCGAUUCCAACAUCCUCUGCCUCUCAUGGAAAGGCAGGGUUCCAAAAAGUGAAAAGGAGAAACCUGUAUGCCGGAGGCGAUAUUACGAGGAAGGCUGGUUGGCCACAGGAAAUGGCAGGGGAGUAGUGGGUGUUACCUUCACUUCCAGCCACUGUAGAAAGGACAGAAACACACCCCAGCGAAUCAACUUCAAUUUAAGAGGCCACAACAGUGAGGUGGUUCUCGUGCGAUGGAACGAACCCUUCCAGAAGCUGGCAACUUGUGAUGCUGAUGGUGGAAUAUUUGUUUGGAUUCAGUAUGAAGGCAGAUGGUCCGUGGAGCUUGUGAACGAUCGUGGAGCACAGGUGAGCGAUUUUACAUGGAGCCAUGAUGGAACACAAGCACUUAUAUCAUACAGAGAUGGAUUUGUACUGGUUGGAUCAGUCAGUGGACAAAGACAUUGGUCUUCAGAGAUUAACCUGGAGAGCCAGAUCACCUGUGGCAUAUGGACACCUGAUGAUCAACAGGUCUUAUUUGGUACUGCUGAUGGUCAGGUUAUUGUUAUGGAUUGCCAUGGCCGAAUGCUGGCACAUGUUCUUCUUCAUGAGUCCGAUGGCAUCCUUAGUAUGUCCUGGAAUUACCCAAGUUUUUUGGUGGAAGACAGUAGCGAGAGUGACACAGAUUCAGAUGAUUAUUCCCCACCACAAGAUGGUCCAGCGGUAUAUCCAGUCCUAGUUCAGAACACCAAACAGCUUCUCACUGUCAGCUUCACAUCAGGAGAUAUUAGCUUAAUGAACAACUAUGAUGACUUAUCUCCUACCACCAUCCGCUCAGGGUUAAAAGAUGUAGUGGCUCAGUGGUGCACACAAGGAGACUUGCUGGCUGUAGCAGGCAUGGAAAAACUAAGCCAACUGGCUGAACUUAACGCUGCUUCUUUUCUGAAAAGUGCACUCGUCAAGUUCUACAAUAUUCAUGGAGAACACAUCUACACAUUGGAGACCCCUGUACAGCGCCCCAUAAUCUCAAUUUGCUGGGGUCAUAGGGACUCACGUCUGCUCAUGGCUUCUGGGCCUGCCCUGUAUGUUGUCCGUGUAGAGCACCGAGUGUCCAGCUUACAGCUCCUGUGCCAACAAACAAUUGCCAGCUCUUUGAGGGACGACAAAGAUAUCAGUAAAUUAACCCUGCCUCCUCGGCUUUGUUCAUACCUAACCACUGCCUUUACACCAACCAUAAAGCCUCCUAUCCCAGACCCUAACAACAUGCGAGAUUUUGUUAGUUACCCAACAUCUGGCAAUGAAAGGCUUCACUGUACAAUGAAGCGGACAGAAGAUGAUCCAGAAGUUGGAGGUCCUUGCUAUACAUUGUAUUUAGAAUAUUUGGGUGGUCUGGUGCCUAUAUUGAAAGGUCGUCGAAUUAGUAAACUCAGGCCUGAGUUUGUCAUCAUGGACCCUAAGACAGAUGGAAAAGCAGAUGAAGUCUAUGGAAACAGCUUGAUUUCCACUAUGAUUGACAGCUGCAACUGCUCUGAUUCCAGUGAUAUUGAACUGAGUGAUGACUGGGCUGGGAAAAAAUCUCCCAAAAUCACUCGUGCUAGUAAAUCACCCAAACUUCCCAGAAUUAAUAUAGAAGCUCGCAAAUCUCCAAAGUUAUCACGAGCUGCUCAGGAGAUAUCAAGAUCUCCCAGAUUGCCAAUAAGGAAGCCCUCGAUAGGAUCACCUAGCUUAACUCGUAGAGAAUUUCCUUUGGAAGACAUCAUUCAGCACAGUUAUCUUGCUCAGGUCACAUCAAAUAUCUGGGGAACCAAAUUUAAAAUAGUAGGCUUGGCUGCGUUCCUACCAACCAAUCUCGGCGCAGUCAUCUAUAAAACCAGCCUGUUGCAUCUUCAGCCAAGGCAAAUGACCAUUUAUCUCCCAGAAGUGCGGAAGAUUUCUACUGAUUAUAUCAACCUACCUGUUUUCAAUCCCAAUGUUUUUAGUGAAGAUGAAGAUGAUUUGCCAGUGACUGGAGCAUCAGGAGUUCCUGAGAACAAUCCACCUUGCACCGUAAACAUCCCAAUUGCUCCUAUUCAUAGUUCAGCACAAGCAAUGUCACCAACUCAGAGCAUAGGGUUGGUGCAGUCUUUGCUAGCUAAUCAAAAUGUGCAACUGGAUGUCCUCGCAAAUCAGACAACAGCUGUGGCAACAGCAGACCACGUGGCUGAUAAUGCAGUCCAUUAUCCAAUCCCAAGCAGAUACUCUAACCCUGGCCAAGUGAUCUUUGGAGGAGUAGAAAUGGGACGUAUCCUCCAGGUCCCUCCUCAGUUACCCUUGCCACCCCAGAAUGUCAUCCAGAUGGCAAUUGUGGACCACAGAGAUGGGGACAGAGAUCACGAACACCUCCAAAAAGCUAAGGCUCUGCGCCCCAUCCCCCAGGUGGCUGAAGGAGACACAGCUGUCUUCAGCACUGCCCAAGAAAUUCAACUGAACAAAAUAAACCCUCCCCCUCCAUACCCUGGAACCAUACCUGCGGCUCCUACCACAGCGCCUCCACCACCGCCACCUCCUCCAGUACCUCCACAACCUCCGGUAGAUCUCUGUUUGAAAAAAGGUGAUUUCUCACUCUACUCAGCAGCCCAUUACCAGACCCCUCUUGGCUAUGAGAGAAUCACCACUUUUGACAGCAGUGGGAAUGUCGAGGAGGUGUGCCGCCCUCGAACACGGAUGGUGUGUGCCCAGAAUACGUACACUCUGCCCGGGCCAGGCAGUUCUGCCACUUUACGGAUUACUUCAUCAGAGAAGAAGAUUCAGCAGCCAUGCACUAGCGCCACCUUGAACAGGCUCACAGUUCCGCGUUACUCCAUUCCAACAGGGGACCCACCCCCUUAUCCAGAGAUUGCAGCCCAGCUAGCUCAAGGCCGGAGCAUCACACAGAGGUUGGACAAUAGCAUCAUCCAUGCUACACUGCGGAGAAAUAGUAGGGAAGCAGCCCUGAAAAUGGCUCAGUUGGUGGACAGCCAGAGAGCCACGUUGCAGUUCCCACUGAAACUGAAGAGCAAUGUUGUGGGAGCCCAGUACCAGCAGCGAGUGCCAACUGCCCUGUACACAUGCAGCCAGUGCAGCAGUAACACGAACAAUGGCACCAGCAACACAAACAAUGGAAAUGGGAACAUCAGUAAUAUCAACGCUAGCAGCGGCACAUCAGGCCUCAGCACUAUGAGACCUGAUGUAACCACAGGGAGCAGCUCUCAGCACAAUUCAGUCAUUGCACACUCAGCCAGUACAUCGCCUUUGGCCUCCCAAUCCUCUUACAAUUUACUCAACCCACUUGACAAUUCUCGGGAGCGGACCGAUUACGUAAACUCUGCCUUCAUGGAGGAUGAGGCUCUUUCUCAGCACUGCCCUGUGGAGAAAUCAGCACGCCACGUCCCUGUAGCCAUGGCAGAACCUAACAUCACUGUAAAAAGGCCACCUCCCUAUCAGUGGGAACCUAUGGUGAGCGAGGAGAUAUGGGUUCCUCAAGAAAGGACAGCUCAUAGUACUUUGCCCAAUCCUGGUAAAUCCAACCCUCUAGUCAUUGGCCAAGCUCAACAUUUGGAUAUAUCCCGAGCAACCUUUGUUUCUCCCAAAUCUCCAACCAGUCCCACUGCCACUUUCCAGAUGAGUUAUGGUGUUGGAGCACCAUAUUUGGGAAAUUAUAGUAUCCCUCCUCCUCCACUUCCUCCUCUUCAAGGAAUGCAGGUCCCCUGUUCUCCCAAAGAAACUCUGGCCUCAUCCCAAAUGGUACAACAGGAACCAUCUGUUGUUCUUCAGCCAGCCUAUCCUUCAAACCUCUCCUAUUGCCCUUUGCCUCCCAUGUAUCCUGGAAAUAGUACUUGUUCAAGUUUACAGCUGCCACCAAUGGCCUUGCAUCCAUGGAAUUCCUAUAGCACAUGCCCACCUUCUGUCCAGAAUACCCAGAACAUUCUGCCACCCAAGGCGCUUCUUGUGGUGGACAAAUCCAUUAUGUCUCCACCACCAGUAGAGCCUACGGGUCAUGUGGGCUCUGAUGUGAUGGCAGAGACAGCAGAUAACUUCCAAGAAGUGCUCUCCUUGACCGAAAGUCCCAUUUCUCAGAGGACAGACAAGUUUGGAAAGAAGAAUCGCAAGCGCCUGGAUAGCCGGGCGGAUGAAGGAAAUAUGCAGGCUAUCACAGAGGGAAAAGUAAAAAAGGAGGCCAGGACCACAUUGACUGACUUCAAUUCCCUAAUAGCCAGCCCAAGACUGGGCAGGGAGAAGAAGAAGCUCAAGAGUCAGAAAGAUCAGCUGAAGUCAAAAAAGAUGAACAAGAUGAACGAAUUUCAGGACAGCUCAGAAAGUGAGCCCGAAUUGUUUAUUAGCGGGGAUGAACUGAUGAAUCAGAGCCAAGGGAGUAAAAAGGGGUGGAAAACUAAAAGGAACUUGAGGACAGCCAGUGAACUGGAUGAAUUUAAAUGUCGGAAAGCAAAUGAGAAGGAAGAUGGGCGGCUGGGAAACCAGGGCUUUGUCUAUGUGAUGGCGAAUAAACAGCCUUUGUGGAAUGAGGCAACCCAGGUCUAUCAGCUGGACUUUGGAGGGAGGGUGACUCAAGAAUCCGCAAAGAAUUUCCAGAUUGAGCUGGAAGGAAGACAGGUCAUGCAGUUUGGACGGAUUGAUGGCAAUGCCUAUAUCUUGGACUUUCAAUAUCCAUUUUCAGCUGUGCAGGCCUUUGCAGUAGCUUUGGCUAAUGUGACUCAGCGCCUGAAAUGAAAAGAGAAAAAAAAAACAGCCUAGAGAGGAUUACAAAAAAAUAAAAUAAAAUAAAAAUCCACCCCACCCAAUGGAGCUUUCUCGUAAGGGCCAGCCCAGGAAAUGUCAGGGUGGAAGUCUAGUAGUGUUGUGCAAAGGAAUCUGAGAGGAAAGGUGGAAAUGCAACUGGAAAAGUCUACAAGUGCCCGAAGGAGGGCAUCAACUUUAAAACAUUUGGGGGAAACGGGGUGGGGACCCUUUUGGUUUGGAGUUAAAUUUAUUUGAAUCAAUAUUUUGCUGAUUUUUCGGAGCAAGGGAAGGAUGAGAUCUAUUUGGUAUUAUGCUGGGGAAAUGUGGCUUUUGACUUGUGAUGGUUCUUCUGUGUUUGCUGCAAAAAAUAGCUAAUGUAAGAUGAUAGAGGGAUUUUAAAGAUUGCCCUCCCUCCCCCCUCCCUCCCUCCCUUCCUUCCUUCCUUCCUUUCUUUCCUGCUGUUUUGUUCUUUCUAAAACAGAGAAAUCAUGGCCCCUCAUUUUAGACUUGUUGGUAUUAUUUACAUCAAUUAUAACAGCAAAAAAAAAAGAAUGAGAAGGUUAUAAGAAGGUUAUAAGAAGGUUAUAAGACAUGUGUUUCUUCCCAGAUAGCUGAGCUCUGUAGGCAUUAUGGGGAUUUGUUGGAAAUCCAUAUCUAAUUUCUAAAAUAUUCUUCAAAAGAAAAGCUAUUACUUUGGGGGUAGUUUGAAAAUGAUGCUGUGUUGAAGAAGCUAGUGAUUUUUCUCCCCCCACUUCCUUUUCAUUGUGAUCUGUGAUCUGGAUUAUGAGUCUGUACCAGACAGUAAAAACUAGGGGGUGGGAGGGGGGAGGCCAGGGAAUGAGGCAUGCAGAUACAUGUUGUUUUGAAAUAUUUGUAUUGAUUUUUGUAUGAAUGUAGGAUACAUAUGACUUGGUGUGGCAUUUAAGUAAGAGCUACAUCUUCUGGUCCUCACUUAACAAUGAUGUUUACAAACUAAAUAAAUAAAAAUGUAACUUUUGAGCAAUUGGAGUUCCACAACAUUGUAAUACUAAUCCAGAAGACUACUGGCAAAAACUGGAACACUUUUUGUGAAUUAUAGGCAACAGGUUAGAUUGGUGUCUUGAGCAAACCCAAAUCGGAUCAGGGUCCAGCAUUUGGACUGGGGUUAGGUACAUUUAGCAAAGAUUAGCUAAAGGUAGCUAGAUUUAGCUACAUUUGGCUAAGAUUUAAGAAUGGACACACAUAAGCAAACUGUAGAAAGGGAUCAUCUUAAGGUUUCACUGGGGGAAAUUAAGCUGAGAUAAUUAACAAUCCAAACAAUAUUGUUAUUACUAUUGAACUUAUUAUGGGCAAAACUUGAUAUCUAACAGGAUAAGAUCAAAGCUAGUGUAUUACACUGGAGUAAAUUUCCUCUUCUUUUGCUAUUCUUGCCGUAUGAAUUCCACUAAGGAUGGCUGCUAAAUUGUAAAUCAGAAGGUUCCUGGUUUAUAUCCAGCUGAAUCUGUGGUGGUUGAAAAAUAAAACCAGAGUUGGAGAAAACUUCCCUUUUCUCUGUUUUUCCAAUUUGAAUAUGACCAUUUGGCAAUAAAUUGGAGUGACAGUGCCCCAAUAAAUUAUUUGAAAAUCAAAGCAGAGGGAGAAUGUAAUAGUAUUUUUAUUUAACUUUGGAUAGCGAGAGAUAUUAUUUCUCCUUGAUAAAUUGUCUAUAAUGUGUCAAAACCUAUGACAGAUGUUCCAAAAGAGAUGGUUUUAAGAGGGGUGGUGGUGUAUGCAUGUCUGUUUUAUGAACUUAUUAGAUUUUUAUUUUCUUGGCUUUGAGUGUGCAAAUCAAAAUAGCUUCCAUGAAAUGCUGCAGAUUUCAGGAAAACAACAUUGUUUUUCUUGUUGGUAACUUAUGCAGAAGGUUUAUCUAGAAGGAAAAGCAUACAGCAACCAGUUUGGUCAUAAAUAAUCCAAAUGUUAUGUCCCAUAUUUCCCACAACUAGAAUUUUUUUAAAUUGCACACUUGUAGCAUAAGUACAUAAGUAGACUUCUUUUAUUAUUUAGUAGAAACAAAUUCUAUUAACAAAGGAAUAAGUAGGGGAUGGGUAAUUUGGAGGAGCUGAAAUUGCUGUUCACUUUUUGCAUUAUCCCUGGUUUCUGCAGCUUCAUCCACAAUUAUUUCCAUUUUAGAAUGAAAAGACUUAAAGUUGCAAAAAUAAUAGUUCUAUACUAAAGGGGCAUUUCUUAGGAUGUUGCAUUGUCUAUUUAAUGCGACCACAUGGGAUGAUGAUCACAGAACACAAAAGUAUAAAUUGGUAGCUUCCCAUGUUGUACUUUUCAGCCCUAGACAAUCAUAGUAUUUGCAGAUUCCUUGGGAGAAAGGUAUUUGGGGAUGGGGGGGAAUAAGCAUAUUCCUUUAUUGGAACCAUUCAUCAGACAAAGAAGCAGAACAAAAAUGUUAUCUAGUCCCCAUACAGUGAAUUCAAAGCAUCCCCAACCUUUGCUUUCCCUGCAAGAUACAGGCCAUGUACCAACAGCUUUGCCCCCCUCCCUUUCUUGUUUAGAAUUUCCUGUCCAAAGGUAAUUGGCUUUUCUUGGCUUGGAACUAAAGGUAUCUAGGCUCAGACACUCCCUUCUUCUUGACCCAGAGGAACAUUUGCCCAUUUCCUCUUUCGGCUACAGGUCCCUGGUGAAAGGGAUCCUCUAAUUCUGGGGAGCAGCUCUUUGGGACCCAAGAUAGCUGCAUUCUUUGAGCAAAACAUCCAAAGAGAUAACUUUAUUGAAGCAUAAAGGUUUCACCUGCUCAGUGUUAUGUCUCAAGUUGUUCAAAGCUCAGAAGUAAGUCUGAUAAAAGAAAGAAAUGAAUGAAACAGCAACUCUGGUUCUGACCAAUCAAGAAGAUUUAUGUCUUUUCUAAAAGCUACAUUUUUGUUAGAUGCCUUGUAGAUCAGAUGAUGGUUGUUAUUGGACAAGAGAUUUUCCAUCAGGCUUCUUAGUCAUAUAAAAAAUAUUUUAGAAUGCAGCUCUUGCUAUAUCCACCAGACACCAUUUUAUGAUAUCUGAUGUAGAAAGUCUAUCUUUUUAAAUUCAUAACUGAAUAACACCAAUUGCAAAGCACACAUUUUAUUAAUAGGAAAAUACCAUCUUGGCAACAAGUUUUGGUGCAAGAACAAUUUUGUUUCUUGAACACUGGAUCCCCCCCUGCUAUUUGGGGGAGAAUAAGUCAGUCCUCAUAAACAAUAUAGAGUAGUGAUGGUGAACGUUUUAGGCACUGAGUGCCCAAAUUGCGCAUGUGUGCCCAAACUGCAACCUGCAGGUGCAUGCUCCCCCCCCCAUAUGCAGCAGAGACCUGAAGACCAGCUGGCCAGCAGGAGACACGAGCACAUGUGUAGCAAAGACCCAAAACAGCUGGGGAGAUGGUGCACGUGCCACCUCUGACAUGCGUGCCAUAGGUUCACCAUCACUGAUAUAGAGGUUAGACAGAAACCUGCCGUGUGUCCAACACUAUUGGAAUCCAAAUCAUAUCAAUCAUAAGCAGGAUUAGCAGUUAAGAAUGAAAGACCUGAUCGAAUAGGAGUUGGAAAGCUGCAGAAUUCAUUUCCUUGCUGUCCUCCACCACUCUCAUUUGUUGGAUCCUUACUCAGUUCUAAUUCCAGAGGAGAGAUGGGUAACUUUUGAUGACUUGAACAGAUUAAAAAUAAGAUGGAAAAAGCUUUGAUAGGGCAGAGAUGCAGUGACAUUGAAAGAGAUUCUCAGAGAUUUUUGAUCCACGUACAUGAAAUGCAUUACGCCUAAAACGAGUUACAUACUGUUUUGUUUUAAUUGUCCUAAACAAUCAGACUCCUCUUUCUUGGCUAUUUGCACAUUUUGGGAGCGCCACCCAAAAAAAUAAAAUUUAUUUCCUCUGCUCAGCCAUCUUCCUUUAGCAAACUGCUGCAAUUUUCUAUUUUCCAAUUAGUGUAAAUAGCUUUUUUUCCUAGAAGAUCUUUCCAUGUCUAAAUAUUCUCCAUCUAAGGCAGUGUCUCCCAACCUAAUCAGUUUUAUGAUAUGUGGAAUUCAAGAAUUCUCCAAUAAACAUGCUGGCUGGGGAUUUCUUGGAACUGAAGUUCACACAUCUUAAAGUUGCCAAGGUAUAGAAAUAAUGAUUUUGCCCUGAAGAAGUUGCUGAGAAAGAUUUAACAACUGACAUUUGCAGUAAAGUUUGGCAUUAUAUUUUGAGACUAUUUUGAACACCCUCUCAUUUGGAUUUACUAAUAAUGGCCAUUCCCCUCUAAGAAAUCUCUUCAGCAUUGCUGCAUUUGGAUAAUGCCUCCAACACUCCAUGGUUUGAAGAAAUGCCUAAUGAACAAAUAUAAUUACAGUAUAUUUUGGUUUACAGUGUAAAAUUGAGGAUUUAGGCCUAAAAGAAACUCUUAAUUGGAAAAGUUUUUAUUUAUAUAAAGCUUGAUAAUGUAUAUAUUAUUUUAUAUGCUGCUCCAUUUCUGAAGGCUCUUGAAUAUCUUGACUUGUGGGAUUUGGUAUUAUAUACUUUUCAUCAUGGAAACCUAUAGCUUCAUACAAAAUACAACAAAUACACUGCUCAGAGCCCUUCUCUGAGGGAGAUGGAUGGUUUAGAAAUAGGAUGGAGACAGACAGACAGAUAGACAGACACAAAACCCAGAGACAAGAACUGGCAUGCUCAGAGCUUUUGUCAGCAUUUGACAUUAGGCAGUAAUUAAUUUCCAGCCAUUUUGAUCGUUUGCAGCAUCUUUAGCUUCAUCCUGAGAGACAUUAAUAAUCUUAAGAUCUUCCUUAAAUGUUUGGCACUAGGUUUUCCAAGGCUGGCUUUGUUUCAUCUUUCCUCAAGGAGAUAUCCAAUGUGCAAUUUUUGGAUGCCAGUCUUUAGACAUGACUAAGAUAUGACCAGCAAAUUUGAUUUGACAUUCAUUCACAGUACUUGAUAAGUGUUCUAAAUCUGAUCUUGGAUACUACAUAACUUACAGUAGCCACUUGUUAAUGUCCCACAGUAAUUUUGAACUAGGGCUUGUAGGAAGGACAAAAUCUAGUUAGUCAGACUUACAGUGCUACUUGAAAUGAUGCCAUGGAUAAAUAAGACCAUUAGGACUUAAUGAAUGACAAAAGGGCUCACCAGACUACUUUGUUUUAACUAAAUAAUGAGUCCUGAACAUCUUAACUAUGAUCCAAUCUAAUUUCUGGAAACCCCGAACUCCCAUCCCAAAUGAAUAAAGAAAAGCAAAUGAAGGAAUGUUAAGUGUUCUAUGAGUUGAUGUUUAAGAAAGAAAACCAAAAACAACAAUGACUGCAAAGUAAAUUAUUAACAGUAAUGGUUUGACACUACAUAUAAAGUAGCUGAAAAGGAACACAGGUUUAUACAAGGCAUUCCAUUUUUUUAUUGGACUGAUACAAGCCUUAUAAUUUCUUUUUAACUCUAUCUAAUAUUAUUUCCUCCACUUUAUUUUGUCUAGUGGAUAAGGCACCAGAUUGGAAACCAGGAGACUGUGAGUUUUAGUCUUGUAUGAGGCAUGAAAGCCGGCUGGGUGACUUAGGGCCAGUCACACAUUCUCACAGUCCAACCCUCCUCACAGAGUUGUUAUGGGGAAAAUAGAAGGAGGAAGGAAUAUUAGAUAUGUUUGCCAUCUUGGGUUAUUUAUACAAAUAAUAAAGGCGGGGUUAAAAAAGCUGAAAAAAUAUCUUUUUCAUAUAUUUUAUAUAGUAUUUAUACAUUUCCAUGAGAAUAUAGAAUCUUGAGUUUUACCACAAAUAUUUUAUUGGAAGGGAAGUCUUUUGAAAAUGUACAAAAGUUAGAAGUAUUUUGGUGCGAUUGUUUUUGUUGUGUUUGUGAAACUGGAAAGACCAAAUAACUUAAACUUAAAAUGGAGUAUUGGUAAAGAAAUACUAUAGUAAAGGAGAUCCUUCAGCACUAAGCUUAUCUCUUAGGCUUCUUUGAGUAACUUUGGUAGUUCUAUGCACCACUGGAUUCAAAACUUUAUUCAAAAUUAAGUGAUUUUGAGUCAUUUUAUUUAUAGUAAUGAGUUAUGGUAGUGUUACAAUAAAACCUCUCAUCGGAUUGACUAGCAAGCUGGCUCGGUACAUUUUGAAGGCACUUGACACAAACAUUAAUACAUCUAAGCAUGGCUGAAUAAAAUCCUGCCUAGAUAAUAAUCUUAUGCUGUACUAUAUGGAUUUUGAAUAAGAAAGGAUACACAUAAAGUAUAAAAUAAAUAAAUCCUGCCCCCUUCAGAGAAAGUAUUUGUAAUAUCCUGCACCGGUAAAAUAUACAUUAAGACUUGUGGCCUUUGCUUGUUCCUUCUUUGAUAAUCAAGACCUGCAUAUACAAGAUAUUCUUUAGGAUUUGGGGGCCUUUAAACCUGAUUGAAUCAUUCCAGCAGUGAGAUAAUUAUCAAGCAUGCAAUUAGUGGUCACCUUUGCCAAUUACCUAGGGAGAUUUAGGCAUAAUGUAACAUGCCUGCAUGGUUGGCCAUUGCUCAUUUUCUCUAUCAAGAUUUUUUCCACUAUUUAUGUAAAUAUAGACCUUUGUUGGCUAAUCUUUUAAUGGCAUGGCAGGUAAUCAUAGACAAGUGAAGCAGCAGAGUAUUUUGUCUGUCCUGUUCACAGUGUUUGGUUGCACACAUUAAAAAAAAACCCAGCUCUCAUAUGUAUCUAUAAAUUUAAAGAAAGAAAAUAACAUCAGAAUCAGUUUUUGUAUUAGGUGACUCCUGUGAGAGAAAGGAAUACGAUAGACAAGAGAAAUGGUUGUUAGCUUCCAACCAUUCUUCUGUUCCUUCCAGCUUUUUAGGACCAAUGUACUACUACAAUUGUCUUUCCUGCUUGUAGCAAAACUUCUAUCCAGCGGGCACUCAAAACUAAGAAGCAGCCAGUGAAAUUCAGCUGAUGGUCCCUGCUUGUUAUAGCGAUAGAGCUAGUUAGAAAUUCAAUGGUGUAACAAGAAUUUUUCAAGUCAAAUGUUUAAAAAUACAAUUGAAAAAACUGAACCAUUAAAACAGGUAAUUUUAAUGACAGCUUUCCAUGUUGCAGUUGUGGGUCUUUAUUGCCUACUAUUUCCAAAUAAUACAGGAGUACAGAGGGAAUAGAAUCUGAUUCAGGUCUAAAUAUAGAUACAGUUUGAGUUUUCUAAACAAAUACAUUAUAUGCAACUGACCCCUGACUGAAAUAUAUUGAAGAGUUAGGAGGCUCUUCAAAUUAUCCUCUCUCUCUCUCUCUUGCUCUCUUUCUCUCUCUCCACUUUGUGUCCACCCUCUCCCCAGAUUUGUUCUUCCCCUCUUCUUUGUGGUGAAGAAUUUUUAAAACUUGCUGUUCUCUGUAGAUACAACUUUUGUAUUACAGAAAUGCAUGGGGAUAUAGUUUGGUUGACGCACUGUGGUCUUUAUUGAAAAAUGCAUUUGUUAAUAAAAAUGCAUAAUUCGGGUACUUUAAUUUUGAUAAAUGUUUUUGAAUUUAUCUGCUUUGUUUCUUUUUGUGUUGUUAUUUGAGGAAGAGGAGUUUUGUGGGUUUUUUUCUUUGUUUUGCUUCAUCUUGGGGUUCAGUUUUCUCCAUGUUUUUACAAAAGUAUGUGCUUGGAUAAUGUAAGUUUCUUAAACAUGCGUAACUUGCAUGAAACUCUCAGUUCUGCAGAGAAAUCGAUACAUUUCUCUGAUUGCUGCACCUAUGAUAUUUUUAAAUGGCCCUUUGAAAUAAUUGGUUCAUUUUUUGAAAAAAAACUUCCAUUCAGAUCGGAUUUUCAUUGUAAUUAUGAACUGUGCCCUGAUUUGCCUCUCCUGUUAUGUGCUCUGUGUAAUAGAUUGUGGAGAAGGUACCUAGAAAGCAUUAAGUGGUUUCCCUUCAAUAAUGUGAUUUGUUCCAACUUUUGACUGUCUACAUGAUUGAGAUUGGAUUGGUGGCCCUAAUAUCCUUGAUGAUUUGAAACUGUAAGAAUUGUCCAGGUGUUGCUUAUUAAAUUUUUUGCAAGCUAGAGAA